UCUUUCUUGAAGAUGGAAGCUGUUGGUGAGAAUAGAUAUGCUCUGCUGAUGGCUGCAAGGGACUCCGAUUACGUGACGAAAGUGUAUGGUGGCUACUUUAAUGUGUUUCUUGACGCAUUUGCAGAUGAAGGGGAAACAUGGGACAUGUUCAGCGUUGUUGAUGGAGUGUUCCCUGAAAUGGAUGAGAUUCACAAGUAUAAUGGUUUUGUAAUCAGUGGUAGCCCUUAUGAUGCUUAUGGGAAUGACCCUUGGGUCUUGAAGCUUUGCUCUCUGCUUCAAAAGCUAGACUCUAUGGGGAAGAAGGUGCUCGGCGUAUGCUUUGGGCAUCAGGUUUUGUGCCGAGCAUUGGGUGGCAAGGUUGAGAGAGCUUGUGGUGGAUGGGAUCUUGGGUUGAGAGAAGUCAGUAUGGUGGAAGACUUACCUCCUCAUGGCUUCUUUGAUGGCUUACAGGAAAUUCCAUCCUCCCUCACCAUUAUUGAGUGUCAUCAGGAUGAAGUGAGGGAGGUCCCAAUGGGUGCCAAGGUCAUUGCCUUCUCUGACCAGACAGGAGUGGAGAUGUUUAUGCUUGACCACCACAUAUUAGGCAUUCAGGGCCACCCUGAAUACACAAAAGAUAUCUUAUGCAGUAUCAUUGAUCGUCUUGCUAACAGUAACUCAAUAAAGAAGGAGUUUGCUGAGCUUGUGAAAUCGAGAUUGGAGAUUGCCGAACCGGAUAGGAAAUUUUGGUUGAAGAUUUGCAAGAACUUUCUCAAGUCUCCAUGAAUUUGAUGAACUCCCUCUCUUAAACAUCACUGAUUAACUAAUGAUGUAGUGAAUGUGGUACUGAAUAAUUUUCAUACUAAAAUUUCUCUUCUAUGUAAUGAGAAAUGAUCUAGUUUAUAGAAUGAAGAUCUCUUUUAUUCCAUGGCUAUUAUGCAAAAGGUAAUUGU